AUGGAACAGAAGCCGAACUUCGGCGCCGCCGGAACCGUCGCUCUCUCGCCAGUGUCCCAGAACACCCGCGUUGUGACGAAUGUAGGCGUGAGGCGCGCCGAGACGUGGACGCCUACAUCGCGUGCGGGCACGCGCACGAGUACAAGACUUUCCUACGGCAAUGGUGGGCGCUUCCCAGAUGGGAUGAAUCGGGGAGAAGCCGAGGUGGCCAGGAUCAGCAAGAACUUCAGAGCCAGGCGCCUUGAUGCCUCGGUGCGUCUCUCUGAAGGUGACGUUGUGGUGUACGAAUUUGUGUCAGAUGAGGGAAAGUGGGGGUGGUCUAUUGGCACAGUUCUUGCACCUGAGCGCGAAAUCAGGAGCAACAACAAAAAUAUUAUCAGCGGCAACAGCAGCAGCGCCAGAAGCAGUGGUGUUGUGGUGUCCAGUCUUGUGAAAUUGGCGUGCUGGAAACUCUCGACGGAUGCACAAAGCGAUGACACGAGCAAGUCCUCUGACCGCGUGCAGAAGGUGGUGGAGAGUGGCGAGAAGACCGUUGAGGCAAUACGCCAGCAGCAGGAAGAGAUCGAGGAGGAAAAGGCUGCACUGUCGCGCGAGCUGUACGUGAAGGAGGUCGACUAUUGCAAGAGCGUCGCCAACGCCGCACGGCGGGCUCUGCGCCAGGUGAGUCAGGCACAGUGGGCGGAGCUGUUGUGUCUGCAGCGGCCACCGCGAGCAGUGCGGCUGGCGGUGCAGGCGGUGUUUGCGCUCCUGCGCAUCGAGCUUCUGGUGGAAACGGAAGAGGCGGAGUGGGACAGUAUGGUGAGCUUCAUGCGUUCAGAUACGUUUGGGAAGCUCCUUGCCGACAGUAAUGCCGCAUGGUUGGAUGAGGCGCAGGCAGAACUGAUAUCGCAGCGGUUCUUGAAGAAUCCGCUCUUCACGUUUACUGAGGUGAGGAUGGGCUCGCGUGUUGCGGGGCUGCUGCAGAAGUGGGUGGUGGCGGAGCAGCAGCUCUAUGAGUCGCGCGCCGAACUCCGGGCCGUCGACGCACGCUUGACCGAACUGAACCUUGAGGCGGAGCAGAAGGCAUCGGAGCUGUGCCGCCAUAGCAACAACUUCAGCAGCAUCCGAAAGGUCAACGGGAAGGACAGUGAAUAUAAAAUGAACUCUAUUGGGCGCCGCUUCACAGGCCUCGACAACGUCGUUUUCAUGCGCGGCAACGAGACAACAGUUGUAGUGCGGUCAUGCGUUUUUUGCAGGCUUAUUGCCACCACCGUGGCACUCUCACCAGGCCGCAUGACAAUCGGACGUGAUCAACUCGCCUCCAUUCGCAACGCUGUAAUUGAGAAACACCCGCAUGUGACGUUUGUGCCCGCUGUCAAUGAGGCUGGCACCGCGACGCAGAAGGUGGGGCAGCUGCCUGACGCCACACGUCAACUGCAGCUAAUGUGCGAGCAGUCAUUCAGGCGCGAGCAUCUCAUGGUGAGUGAGUUGGAGACGCUCUACGAUAAGCAUGUUUGGUACACCAAGGCGGAGUUGGACUUGCUGCGUCGCUCCUUGUCCUCUAGAGGCUCUACUCCCUCGCGAAACACGAAUUCUGCUGCGCAGCUCGCAUAUGCGCAGCGACAAGUGAAGGAGUUGGAGAAUCUACUACGACAACAAGAGGAAAAGUUGCGUUCGGUGGAGGCAAGUAACGAUGAGGCAAUGAGGCGACUUAAGGAGCAAUUAAGCAAAGAAAUGGGGAAAAACUCAAUGGUUCUCCAGAAUCAGGCGUAUAUGAUAAAAUUUCAGCGCUCACGCUUGGAGCACGAUGAGGAGAUUACUCGUAUGCGGCUGACUGCGGAUGAGGCGCAGCAGCGGUCCUACAUGCUGGUGCUUGAAAUGCGGAAGUCGAAGGAACUUGCCAUUGCUGACAUGAGCCGCAAGUACCUUGAAGAGUUGAACGCAUUGCGGCAGGAGCUUUCGGGUCGCGAGCGGCGUCAAAAGAAGACAGCCGUGAUUCUUGAAGGUUGCCUCGCGAAGGCGUAUGAGAAGCAACAACAGAAGCAAACAAUCGCGCCUCUGACGUGUGUGGAAGAUGUGGAGCGGGCACUCGACGUUCUCGGUGGCCCGGGCUGGCACGAAACGUCUGUCGCGUCAGUAUCAAGUCACCUGUCUGAAGAUCGUGGGCGAUUACAACAACCAUCCCGGAAGCGGCGUCUCCCUCCUCGCUCUGUCACCUCUGUAAUGACUUUGGUGCAACAAAACGAUCCGGAGGACGAAAACGUUUUAAUUUUGAAAGAUCGCCUGAUUGAGGCGAUGCGGGAUCGCGAAAUUAUUCAAGACAUGCUCUCUCGUGAAAAGGCAAGGAAUCAAGUACUGGAAACGAAGGAGGCGGAGCUGCGUUCAGACUUGGAGAGGGAGGUGAAACGCCAUGCUGUGCUGGAGGAGAUGGUUCAGAAACUGCAGGAGGAAAUUACAACGAUGAUGUACUCUGGGCGCUCGUCAUCUUUAGAAAAUAUUAAUAGUAUUACUGACAGUGAAGGUUCUGUUGAGCGGGUGAGGCGGGAGACACAGGGGGAGACUAUUAAGAGGCUGAAGGGUGUCAUAGCGUCGUACGAAAAACAGCUGGCUGAUUUGCUGAUGGAGGAGGGAAUGGUGGCGGACAAGGUCUCCUUCGCCACCCUGCGGGACUGUAUUGCAAGGCUCAAGUCCUCAUGUGGGGCAAUGCGGGCGGAACGGGAUGCGCAGGCUGCCGACGCAAAGAUGUUGGAGUCGUGCCUCAAGACGGCCGCUGACGCCUUGGAAAAUGCGCUGGUGCACGACGAGCGAUGGCGCCCGCGCACGACAGAGUCGUACCACACAACGUGGCAUUGGAAGACGUUCCACGGUGAUGAAUGGGGACUUGUCAUCGCCGAGACACCGGAGGCACUUCAAAAGGCACUGCUGCACGACAUCGUGGCCGCGUGCCACCUGCCUGAGGAGUAUGUGCUGAAUCUCAAGUACCGUGAUGACAAGACGGAGCUUCAUGCGUCAUUUGACUUGCGCCACGAUCCGUCUAUCAGUACCGAGGAGCUCAUCCGCCGCCUGGACGAGUGCAACUACUACGCACUGGAGAAGCUAUAUAGACACCGUCAUGCACCUGAAGAGGGAGUCGACAAGUUGAGGAAAGAGUUGCGCGCCAAGGAGGAGGAGGCGCGCAUGCUGCGUGCCGCCAUCGAGGAACUGCAGGACAUCUAG